CCGUUAAAAUGGAUUCAUCAUUUUGAGAAAAUUUUUUUUUCAUUUUUUCAUUUGGCAGUCAUUCCAAAAACAAUAAGAGAAAAUCUCUUUCUUUUUUUUUAAUUUUAUGAUUUCAGCCGCGCCAAAAAGACAAAAUCAUCGUCCUCGACAACGAUCACAAUAUACUAUCGUGACCAUCAUCGGAUGGAAUGACCCAUCCAAUCCAUAUGAAACUAUGUUUCCGGAUAUGAAUGUUCCACGAUAUGUUUCCGAAAUGUUUCAUGUGUUUAUAUUUCUUGCUGUUAUUGAGAAUAUAAUUCGAUUCUGUCGUGGAAAAACUAUCAUUCGAUUAAAUGAUUCGAUUGCAUCAAUAUCCAGUGGUUUAGUACAGGAUUGUUUCAGGAUUCAUAUUCGUAGUCUUGAAGUAUUCUGCUACUGUCAUGUGUUUGAACAUUUUCGUUUAACAACAUUGCCCUGGAAUUCAUUGUCCACAUGGUUAUAUUGUUUUAUUUUUGUUGAUUUUGGUUUUUAUUGGGCACAUAGAUUAGCACAUGAAGUUAAUUUUAUCUGGGCCAUUCAUCAGGCUCAUCAUAGCGGUGAAGAUUUUACACUUGUUGCAGCUUUACGACAAGCCGUUCUUCAACCAUUCACUGCUUGGAUAACUUAUGUACCGAUGGCUGUAAUAGGCAUACCACCACAAACAUUUCUUGUACAUCUACAGCUAACCGAAUUAUAUAUGCUGUGGAUUCAUACGGAAGCUAUUAAAUCAUUAGGUUAUUUGGAAUUAAUUUUCAAUUGUCCUUCACAUCAUCGUGUUCAUCAUGCUCGUAAUCGUAAAUAUAUUGAUAAAAACUAUGGAGCAUUAUUCAUUUUUUGGGAUAAAUUGUUUGGAACCUAUGAAGAAGAAGAUCCUAAUGAACCACCUGUUUAUGGUUUAGUACAUCCAGUCGAAAGCUAUGAUCCAUUCUAUUUACAAUUUCAUGCAUGGAUAUCAAUGUAUCAUAAUAUUCAACAGACACAAGGUUUAUGGAAUAAGUUUUGCAUUCCGUUCAAAGGACCGGGUUGGGCACCCGGAAAACCAAGACUUGGUUAUAUUGAUGAAAUUCCUGAAAUCAAACAACCGGUAGAAUAUUGGAAUCCAAAAAUUUCAAUGUGGAAAAAAAUCUAUGUUGUUUGGCAUUCAGCCAUCAUAGUCAUUUUCUAUCAUGAAUUGAGCACAAAAUCUGAUCAACUUACACAGAUACGUAUAUUUCUUGGUGUUGUUUGUAUAUUGGCCACAUUGACCACAAUGGGUUCAUGGUUGGAAAAUAAAGAAAAAGCCAUUCGAAUGGAAGGAAUUCGUUGUGCAGUAUUUUUGUUACUUGAAAAAUAUCUUAUACCAUUGACUAGCAUCAACGAAAUGGAUUCAUCUUUUCAAUCACCCAUCAUCUUGACAUUUCGUAUCACUUAUCUGAUUUCCAUAAUUAUCUGUACAUUUUAUGAAUUAUUUUGUUUGGCUAUCAAUCUAUUUAAACAUUUAAAAUUGCAAUUCAAACAAACUAAAUUACAUCAAAUAUUAAGCUUGAUUGCGUUUGUCAAUAAAAAUAAAUUGAAUCCAUUCGAUACAUCGAAUCCUCAUUCAUAUUGGUCACAAAAUAUUUGGUCACAAUUCUGA